AUGUAUCCAGAGGGGAAGUCCCUGCUCAGGGAAUCUCCCGCCAGCUGCAGUGCAGGAUCCCAGCGACUCUGGAGGAGCACGUGGAGCAGCAGCAGCAGCAGCAGCAGCACCGGCAGCAGCAACAGCAGCCCCAGCAGCAGCAGUAGGAUGGAAGAUACCCAGUCAACUGUGGAGCUGAGAAAUUCACAGGAGCACCCUGUGUUCACAGAAGGCCAGGUGAUUUUGAAUGACUACAGUUCAUCCAAACCUCAGGAGGUAGAAAAUAUGGACAGCGAAGACAAUAAAGACCAGGGCCCACCCAAUGAAGAUGAGGAUAUAGGAGAUGAUUCAAUGAAAGUGAAAGAUGAAUACAGUGAAAGGGAUGAGAAUGCUUUAAAGCCAGACCCCAUGGAAAAUGCAGAAGAUCCUGAAAUACCUUACAGCUAUCCAAGAGAAUAUAAUGAAUAUGAGAGCAUUAAGUUGGAAAGACACGCUGUCUCUUAUGACAGCAGCAGGCCAACUAGUGGAAAAAUGAACUGUGAUGUGUGUGGAUUAGCCUGCAUUAGCUUCAAUGUAUUGAUGGUUCAUAAGCGAAGUCAUACUGGUGAACGCCCAUUCCAGUGUAAUCAGUGUGGGGCAUCUUUUACUCAGAAAGGUAACCUCCUCCGCCACAUUAAACUUCACACAGGGGAAAAACCUUUUAAGUGUCAUCUCUGCAACUACGCAUGCCAGAGAAGAGACGCUCUCACAGGUCACCUUAGGACACAUUCUGUUGAGAAGCCCUACAAGUGUGAGUUUUGCGGAAGGAGCUACAAGCAGAGAAGCUCCCUUGAGGAGCAUAAGGAACGUUGUCGCACUUUCCUGCAGAACACCGGCAUGGGGGACACUGCCAGCGUGGAGGCAAGACAUCUCAAAGCAGAGAUGGGAACCGAAAGAGCCCUUGUACUGGACAGAUUAGCAACCAACGUGGCCAAACGAAAAAGCUCGAUGCCCCAGAAAUUUAUUGGUGAGAAGCGUCAUUGUUAUGAGGUCAAUUAUAAUUCCAGCUACAUGUAUGAGAAAGAAAGUGAGAUGAUACAGACUCGGAUGAUGGAUCAGGCCAUUAACAAUGCCAUCACUUACCUUGGAGCUGAGGCCCUACGUCCCUUAGUGCAGACCCCUCCUGCCCCAACCUCGGAGAUGGUUCCAGUUAUCAGCAGCAUGUAUCCCAUUGCACUUACCCGCACAGAGAUGCCCAAUGGUGGCCCUCAGGACCUAGAGAAGAAAAACACCCACCUACCAGACAAGUGCCUGCCUUCUGAAAGAGGCCUCUCCCCCAACAACAGUGGCCAGGACUCCACAGACACAGAUAGCAACCAUGAAGAACGCCAGAAUCACGCCUACCAGCAGAACCAUAUGAUCCCUCCCCGGGCCAGAAAUGGGAUGCCAGCCCUGAAGGAGCUGCCCCACUCCUUUGAACUCCUCAAACCCCCACCCAUCUGCCCUCGAGACAGCAUCAAAGUGAUCAACAAAGAUGGAGAGGUCCUGGGUGUGUACAGAUGUGACCACUGCCGAGUCCUCUUCCUGGAUUAUGUGAUGUUCACCAUCCACAUGGGCUGCCAUGGUUUCCGUGACCCUUUCGAGUGUAACAUGUGUGGGUACCGGAGCCAUGACAGGUAUGAAUUCUCCUCUCACAUUGCUAGAGGAGAACACAGAGUCAUGUUGAAGUAAAUAGCUCGGUUCUCUCAGAGAUUUAAGUAUUGAGCAUCAUGUGAAAAAAACAAACCCACCAACCAAAUAACAAAACAAAGAGCCUCCCAUUUUGCCAAAGCUGCCUGAAUUGAAGCCACUUUCCUUCCCAUUUCUAAUAUAAAAAGAGUGAAGUUAUUACUGUUUUAUAGCAUUUUUUUCCUCAGGGUCUUUAUACUAUGUGAACUUUAUAGCAUUUUUUUCCUCAGGGACUUUAAAAGCAGAGGGAUCUUUAAUCACUGCCUUCUACAACAACAAAAAUCAAAUUUGUGUUUGGGAAGUUUAUCACCCAUUCAAACUUUGAACAAUCCAUUGCCUGCAUUCCAGGAAAGCUUCUUGGAGGUGACAUCCAUUCAGCUCCAUAAACAAGGAAAAUUGAUCUUGACUAGAAAACUGACUGGGAAUUCUGCACUCACUCACACCUCAGACUACAUUGAUCUUCGGGGGAGGCGGGUUGCCACAUAAAGAAUUGGGGAAAGAACAGCAGUGUCAUGGUUUAUGUGAUCAGGGACAAUUUAGCAUUUGAAGACCCCAAAGUCAACAUUGAAUCUGCUUCAGAUCAGCCUCACCCUCCAGAACACUUGUGUGUUCAUCCUUAAACUUUUCUCUAUUACCCUUCCUCCCCCAAUUCUUCAUUUUAGGAAAAAAGAAUUCUGUUUAGUGGACCAAUUCUGGUUGUGCUGUCCAUUUACGAGUGAGAUUGUUGUUGUUGCUAUUGCUUGUACUUCAUUCUAGAAGAGGACUGUGACAUUGAGGUGACAUCAUGGCUUGCAGU